AUGAAGUUCUGUAAGAAGUAUGAAGAGUACAUGCAAGGACAAAAGGAGAAGAAGAAUCUACCUGGUGUUGGGUUUAAGAAACUCAAGAAAAUCCUCAAGAAAUGCAGAAGAGAUCAUGUUUCUUCUUCUCGGAUGGCUUUUAAUGAAGCAAUCAAUCAUCAACAUGACAACAACAACAAUUGUCCUCGUGAAUGCCCAGUUUGUGAUGGAACUUUUUUCCCGGAGCUUCUAAAGGAAAUGGAAGAUGUGGUAGGAUGGUUUAACGAGAAUGCUCAGAAGCUUCUUGAGUUACAUUUAGCUUCUGGUUUCAAAAAGUGUCUUACUUGGUUCAAAGGCAAUAACAGACAAAGGAACCAUCUUGGUUUGAUUCAAGAAGGCAAAGAUUUGGUUAAUUACGCUCUCAUCAAUGCAAUCGCCAUUCGAAAAAUCCUCAAGAAAUACGAUAAGAUUCAUGAGUCUAGGCAAGGACAAGCGUUUAAGACACAGGUUCAGAAAAUGCGAAUCGAAAUCCUUCAGUCACCAUGGCUCUGUGAGCUUAUGGCGUUUCACAUCAAUCUGAAAGAAUCACAGAAGGAACCAGGAGCUGUUGUGUCUGCUCCUUCUUCUUUCCCUGCAUUGUUUGAUGGUUGCUCUUUGAUGUUCGAUGAUGGGAAGCCUUUACUUUCCUGCGAGCUCUCUGAUUCCGUGAAAGUUGACAUUGAUUUGACUUGUUCAAUAUGCCUGGACACGGUGUUUGACCCGAUAUCUCUAACCUGCGGUCACAUAUAUUGCUACAUGUGUGCUUGCUCUGCUGCAUCGGUAAGUGUAGUUGAUGGCUUGAAAACCGCAGAACCGACUGAAAAAUGCCCGCUUUGCCGUGAGGUUGGGGUUUAUAAAGGUGCUGUUCACUUGGAUGAGCUCAGUAUCUUACUUAGACGAAGCUGCCGAGAGUAUUGGGAAGAGAGGCGUAAAACAGAGAGAGUAGAGAGGUUACAAGCAGCAAAGGACUAUUGGGAUUACCAAUGCCGAAGCUUCACAGGAAUAUGA